AUGGGCAAGAAAGACAAGAAGAGCAAGGAAGAGAAAAAGGCCCGUGCCGCCGAAAAGCAGAAGAAGAACAGUCAGAAGGCCGAACUAAAACAGAAGAAGCAGGCAAAGAAAACGGGUGAAGAAGAGGAAGAUGACCAGGACAUCGAUGCCAUCUUGGAGCAGUAUGCCAAAGAGCAAGAAGAACUCUUGGCAGUCAAGGUGGAUGUUGUUGAGAAGCCGUCAAAGAGACUCAAUCCUAGUCUUGUGGCUUCACCUCUUCAGGGAAAGAGGGAGUUGAUCUUGUUUGGCGGUGAGUUCAACGAUGGGUCUAUGGCCAAGUUCUACAACGACCUAUACACUUAUACAAUAGAUAACAACAUCUGGAGAAGAUACACGUCCAAGAACGCGCCAUUGCCGAGAUCUUCGCAUGCAAUGUGUGCUCAUCCCUCUGGCAUCGUGGUCAUGUUUGGAGGUGAGUUCUCGUCGCCCAAGCAAUCGACAUUUUACCACUACGGCGACACAUGGGUGUUGGACGCUGAGACCAAAGAGUGGGAGAAGAUUGACCAGAAAAGAGGUCCCUCGGCAAGAUCGGGCCACAGAAUGUGUGUUUGGAAGAACUACAUCAUCAUGCACGGUGGUUUCAGAGACUUGGGUGUCCUGACAACGUAUCUCAGUGACAUGUGGCUCUUUGACAUCACCACGCACAAAUGGACCCAAGCAGAAUUUCCCCCGGCACAUAUCAUUCCCGACGCCCGCUCUGGUCACUCAUUGAUUCCACACCCUGAAGGUGCUGUCAUCUACGGUGGGUAUUGUAAAGUGAAGGCCAAGAAAGGAUUGCAGAAGGGUAAGGUGCUCACCGACACAUGGUUGGUGAAGAUGAAGGCAGAUCCUAAAGGCAUCAGAUUUGAAAGACGUAGGAAGCAAGGGUACAAUCCUUCACCGAGAGUUGGCUGCUCGAUGGUGUUCCACAAGAAUAGAGGAAUCAUGUUUGGUGGUGUCUACGACUACGACGAGAGUGAGGAGAAGAUUGAGUCACAGUUCUACAACUCUUUGCAGUCUUAUCAGGUAGAGACUAAUAGAUGGUUCAACAUGACGUUGAAGCCCAGAAAGAAGAAGAAGCAAGAGCCUGUAAAGGAUAAGGCUAGUAGAGACGAGGACUUGGAGGAUAUUCUCAAUGCUAUCUUGGCGAAGGCAAACUUGAAUGACGAUGACGAGGAGAAGGAUGAAGUUUCUCAGAUUGAGAAGUUGAAGCAACAAGAAGAGAGAGAGGAGAUGGAGAAUGAUAAGGUCGAGUUUCCAAUCGUAAACCAGCUUCCUCAUCCUCGUUUCAAUGCUGCUACGUGUGUUGCCGAUGACUCCUUGUAUAUAUUUGGUGGUAUCUUCGAAAAAGGAGAGCAGGAGUUCACCUUGGAUUCGAUGUACUCGAUCGAUUUGAACAAGGUCGAUGGUGUGAAAGUAUAUUGGGAGGAUCACAGUGACUUGGAGAAAGACAUCGUUGGAUCUGACGAUGAGGAGGAUGACGGGGAGGAUGAGGAUGACGACGAGGAUAAGGAGGGCGAGGUUGAGGAUGAGGAUGACGACGAAGAAGAGGAAGAAGACGAGGAAGAGGAAGAGGAAGAGAAAGAUGAAGACGCUAACCCCGAUCCUCGUCCAUGGCUUCCUCACCCCAAACCGUUCGAAACCUUACGUGCAUUUUACAUACGUACGGGUGCUCAGUUCCUCGAAUGGUCCAUUUCCAGUAACAGAGACGCCAGAGGUAAGUACUUGAAGAAAGCGGCAUUUGAUCUCUGUGAGGAUCGGUUCUGGGAAAGAAGAGAUCAGGUGAGAGCUGCAGAGGACCAGCUCGAGGAGCUUGGUGGUGUUGGCGAGGUUGUCGAAAAGGAUACACUGAAGAACGGAAAGAGAAGGUGA